AUGGAUCCCUCACCCGGCCCAAAGUAUUUGCCGAAUCCGAUGCUGUUUGGAGCUGAAGUGGUGUCAGAUCCUGGGCUCGACCCCAGAGUGUCGGGCAAAACCCAGACGCCAAAGCUUGAUAUGUCUCGCUCAGGGCUUGGUAUCCAAAAGACAGGAUUCUCGGAAUUGGUGCGAAAGCGUACGAGAGAUGCCAGGGCCAUGUCCAUCGCCGACGCCGCGCUUCCCGCUCGGUCAAGCUAUAGACCGGGAGAACAGUUCGCCCUACCUCUCCGGCUGGCAUUAGCGCAGCGCUCGGUGAAGAAUCAGAUCUUCACCUGCAUGGACCAGGGAGACAAAAAGGCAGAAAUCGAGUCCAGAACCGGCCUUUCGCACCAAUGCAUCAAGUGGUAUAGACGCAUGUGGAGGGCCGAACGCAGUCAUCCACGUCCUCAAUCUAGGAAACUCCCGAAGAGCUCAGCGCGGAGACCACGCUCACCGAACACGCGAAAUGAGCGAGCGUCGCGGAAACGGCGGAGGUAUGAGGAUCAGAGCGACUCCUCGGUUGUCGGCAAUCCUAGUGGUUCCAAGCGGCGGCGACUGCAUCGUACCGUGAAGCAGCCGAAAGGAUGCUCCUUGCGUGCGGGAAUGGAGGUGUCUGAGGUUGAUGGAAGGGAUUUUGCUGAAAGGAAGACGAGAGGACUCAGCCCUUCACAGUGCAAAGAGGACAUUCCGGAAAGGGAUGAGGCGAUGUCGAUGUCAGGCGAGUUGAUGACAUUGCCAAUUCGUGAUCUUGGACCAUAG